ACUGUGUAGUUAGUGUUACACUGUUACAGUUACAGUAUACAUAAUACAGUAUACAUAAUACAGUGUUACUUUUAACUUUACUAUUUUAGUAUUAGUUUAGUUUAGUGUUACUGUUAGUUUAGAAGAUACAAGAUCUAUCUACUAGAUCUAGUUAAAUCUAGUACUAAGACUAAGUAGUGUUACUCACUGUUACUGUUACACUCUGACUCUGUUACUCAAAUUCAAAUGCAUAACAACCUUUAACAAGGUCCAAGUCUAGGAUCUAGAUUCUCAGAUCUCUAGCAUCUAAUAGCAAAUAUCCAUAAUCCAGGCUCCAGCAGAAAAGAGAUUUAAAGGGCUGUAAAUAGAAAUGCUGUGUCGAAGAGCUGCAUCUUACCUGCAAAACACCCAUGGCUUAUCUAAAUCAAGAUUUGCUUCAGCCUUUUGGAUCUACAGCAGAAGAUUGAAAAGCACAGCUGCAAUAGAUGAUGAAAAUGAACAGCCUCAGCCUGGUGCUGCUCUACUGAGAAGUGAUUUGAAUAAGGUCAAAAGAAUUGUCAUCAAAUUGGGCAGUGCAGUGAUUACUAGAGAAGAUGAGUGUGGAUUGGCUCUUGGAAGAUUGGGAUCUAUUGUGGAACAGGUAGCAGAGCUUCAAAACCAAGGGAGAGAAAUGAUCAUUGUUACCAGUGGAGCAGUAGCUUUUGGUAAACAGAAGUUGCGUCAGGAAGCUGUUUUAUCAAUGAGUAUGAGACAAAAUCUUACAAGUGUUGAAAAUGGAAUGAGACUUGGGGAGAAAAGGCAGGGAAAGUUGAGGCCUCCAACAUUAGAACCAAGAGCUUGUGCAGCUGCAGGUCAAAGUGGGUUAAUGUCAUUGUAUGAUGCCAUGUUCCUUCAGUAUGGUGUUAAAACUGCUCAGAUCCUAUUGACAAAACCAGACUUUCAAAAUGAACACAGUCGUGAGAAUCUCAGAGGGACAUUGAAUGAACUGCUUAAGUUGAAUAUUGUUCCCAUUGUAAAUGCUAAUGAUGCCGUGGCCCCACCACCAGAACCAGAUAUGGACUUGGCUGGAGUAAUUAGUGUAAAGGACAACGACAGUCUUGCAGCUCGUUUAGCUUCAGAGAUGCGUGCUGAACUAUUGAUCAUCAUGAGUGAUGUAAAUGGUCUUUAUACAGCUCCACCUGGUAUGCCAGAUUCUAGGCUCUUGAAUACAUAUUGCCCUGAGAUGGAUCAAGUUAUUAUUGCUGGCAAAUCAAGAGUUGGAACUGGCGGCAUGGACUCUAAGGUAAAAGCUGCUACCUAUGCGCUAGCAAGAAACUGUUCAGUGGUUAUUUGUAAUGGUUGUGAGGAACAAGCCAUCAUCAACAUUGUCAAAGGGAAAAAAGUGGGUACUUUCUUUACACGUGCUCAGGCUAGAGGAACACCUGUUGAACUUCAGGCUAAGCUUGCACGUGAGGGGAGCAGAAAACUUCAGGCUUUGUCUGGCAUACACCGUGCGGCUAUUGUGAACAAACUGGCUGAUUUAUUAUUAGAACGUAAAUCCGAAAUCUUAGCUGCUAAUCAGCUUGAUGUUCAAGAAGCUUUUGGAUCAGGUAUGCAGCAGUCAGAAAUGGCCCGUCUUUAUUUGAGUGAUCAGAAGCUUGAAACGCUUUCAAAGGGACUUAGACAAAUUGGUGUAGAUGCUGUAAAUGCUAUUGGAAAAGUUGUGCAAAAAACUUGUUUGGCAGCAGGACUGGAGCUGGAAAAGAUAACUGUUCCAAUUGGAGUUUUGUUGGUCAUUUUUGAAUCUCGACCAGAUGCUCUACCACAGGUGGCUGCACUAUCCAUUUGUAGUGGCAAUGGUCUGUUACUUAAAGGUGGUAAAGAAGCCAAACACAGCAAUAAAAUGAUUUUUUCACUCAUUCAAGAAGCUUUGGAACCUUUUGCUCCAGUUGAUACAGUGGCACUGAUAAGCCGCAGAGAAGACAUUGCUGAUCUGCUACAAUUGAACCAAUACAUUGAUUUAGUUAUUCCACGAGGAUCUCAAGAGUUGAUGAAUAGAAUCCAACAGUUGACACAAGGCAUACCUGUUCUGGGUCACACUGAAGGAAUCUGUCAUGUUUAUGUAGACAAAGAUGUUGACCCAGAAAUGGCCCUUCAUAUAGUGAAAGAUUCCAAGUGUGAUUAUCCAGCAGCAUGUAACAGCAUGGAAACAUUAUUAAUUCAUAAGUCACACAGAGAAGGACCUCUCUUUGACAAGUUAUGUGAAAUGCUGAAAGUUCAAGGGGUAAAAAUCCAUGCUGGGCCCAAAUUAGGUCAAGUUCUAAGAUUUGGUCCAUCUUUGGCUGCAUCAAUGCACACUGAGUAUGGUGCUCUAGAGUGUGCUGUGGAAAUAGUGGAUGACUUAGAUGAUGCAAUCAGUCACAUCAACAAAUAUGGCAGCUCACACACUGAUGCAAUCGUCACAAAUAAUGAUGAGAAUGCAGAACAUUUCCUGAAAAUGGUUGACAGCGCUUGUGUUUUCAAGAAUGCAAGUACAAGAUUUGCUGAUGGUUACAGAUUCGGACUUGGAGCUGAAGUGGGUAUCAGCACAUCCAGAAUACAUGCCCGUGGGCCAGUUGGAUUAGAGGGGCUUCUCACACAUAAAUGGAUUUUAUCUGGCACGGGCCAAGCAGUUGCUGAUUUUUCAUCAGGAAAAUACAAAUUUGUUCAUGAAAAGCUGGCCAUUGAAGACAAACCAAACUCCUGACUGUUAAAGAAAUAAAACAUUGAAAAUGUUUUGAACUGUUAUUACUGCUGACCACAAGUUUGGUCCUGAUAUUGGAUUGUAUAGAAAAUUAUGAAUGAAUCCUUUACACACAUUCGGAAUGGAAUAUUUAUUUCUUUUGGGUGUAUAUUGUACAGUUUAAAAGAUUAAUUUUUUGUAAGAAAGAAAAUGCAAAUUUUCAGAAAUGUUAUACUUUUUUGCAAUAAAGAAUUUAGAUCUCUGUCAUCUAAGACAUUGAUGAGACUGUUUCUGAAGUGUACCAUUCAUUGUUUCUUGUCUGAACACAAGCAAGUUUCAUGACACAAAUUUAGUCAUUGGAAAGGUGUGUGAAUCCUAUAAAGUGAAUCCUAAUACAGUUUUGACAUGAUUCUACUUAAAUGAUUUGUUUGAAAGUUUCAUGACAUAAAUCUUUGGAAAGGGAAGUGAAUCUGAAGAUGCAUUAAAGUUUCAACAUGAUUAUGCCUAAAUGAUUUGUUGGCCUCAAUAGAAACACAAAGAAAAUUUUCAUGACUACACAAGUACUCUUAACAUAUUCUAUAAUAAUUUGAUGUACAAGUGCCUUUAAGAUUUACAUAUUUUUGUCUUAGCAAGUACACAAAGUUUAAUAGUAUUCAACUGACGAGGAACUGAACUUGUCUAGGAGAAUUAUACAACCUUAAGUUCUUGAUUCACAUCUAAUGAACAAAGUAGACUUACGUUUACUAAAGAUAACUAAUUGCCUUCCAGUAACUGAUAAAUUUGAUAAAGGAUGAAGCUUGUGCAAAGGUUCAUAUGAACUUAAGGGUUCUUUAAUGGAAUUAAAGCUUUUUUUUUAUUUUUAUUAGAACAGAAAAAUUUAAGUAACGAAAUGUAGGUUUGCAAGAAAAUAAAAAGAAUGGCAGAAUAUGUUGAAAGCACAGAAAUUUAACUUAAAAUGUGAUACCCUUCUACGAAAAACUCUUCCCUUAAAUUUUUUUUUUUUAAAUUAUUUCUUGUAUGGGUUACAAGUAUAUCAGACUGAGCAAAAAUCUGAAUGUAAUGUUGAAGUAUCUCAUCAAAAGCCAAAUGGCUUAUUUUCAAAUACAAAUUAUAGCUUAGUUGAAUGGAAUCGGACUUACUUCUAUUUAAAAUUUGUUUCAUGUAUUAUACUGGGAAAAUAUCAAUAUCAAUAUAUCACUUGAGGCUGGUUGAAUUGUGAAUCUUAAGAAAAAAAAAUUAUAAGCUUUACUAACAUUACAUUCAUUAUUUCUGUAACAUUUAUGUUUGUAAUCAAUAAAAUUGUUUAUUCAAGCAGAACUUUA